AUGACAAGAGCUCUGAAAAGGAAGAAUACAGCCGAUGAAGCUUUAUUGCCGCCUAUCGCUUCUCUCAAAAGAAAAACGGGCGCAAAAAGAGUCCCGGGACCAGAUAGGGACUCUCCUUGGCAAAAGACUCUGCGCCAGCGUCUUAAUGUGAAUGAUUUGGACCUCCAUAGGUCAUAUGUAACAACUUACCAACCAAAAGCUCGAGCGGCUAGAAGGCUACCAAGGCAAACAAGAUGGAAACACACGGGUAGCAAUCCAUUAACGGAUAUCAAGAGUUUGCCAAUGGGAUGGAAUUCUAAAGAGCCUGAUCUUGACCCUAACAAUAUUGAUGGCCAAAUUUUGAGAUGUCAAGAGAGAAUUGCGGACAACAUUAUGCCCCAUGUUUUUCAGCACAGGCUACGAGAAUAUAAGGCGAUACAAAGCCAUCAAAAGCAAAUGGCACUCAACGAGCCCACAGGAUUGAAAUUAAACACCUAUGAGAGAUUGAAAUGUCUGAGAAUUAUGGAAGAAGAAUGUCAAAGGAAGAGCGAGGACAAAUACUGCCAACUCUCUAAUAUUCAAGCCAUAAUGAGAGCUUACAGGAGCCAUAGAUUGGAAUGGAAUGGCCUAAUUACGUACUGGUCAAAUGGUAUCCAGCUUUGCGAGCCACGACCAUUUGAUUGGGACGAGUUUGAAGCAAUAAACCUUAAACAUGAAGGUCAUAAAGGAUUUUGGACUGAAGGCAUAAGAUUAGCUGUUCGUCUACCAUAUUACGACUGGUGGGAUUCAAUGAUGUUCCUACAUGAUACAGGGGCCAAUAUAAUGAACAUAUAUGACUCCGACUUGAACCUGUUAAUGGGGCCCUUCCGUCCGCCACUCUAUCCGCAGAUACCAGUUGUCGGCAGACUUCGUAUAGAAACUAAUAGCGGAAGUCUGAUAGCUGAUGUCAUCGAGAUUGAGGUUGCCCUCAUGAAUGAACAAGACAGACUUUUGACUCAAUGGACCCGGGUGCCGUGCUGGAUGAAAUCCGGUAUCUAUGUGCCGGGUGAGUCUGUUCCCAGAAUUGAUGGGCCACUGCUUCAGUAUCUGAUGUACCAGUUAACGGUACCUGAUGGCAAGUUUGAUCUUCAUAUAUUCACUUCAAGGCGCUCACUAUUUCCACUACCAACUGCGCCAAGUUCUCACCAUAGACAAGGGCCACCUAUGUCGAAAUAUAGUAUCGAAUUGACCCCAGGCACAACAACAACUACGAGGGAUCCUCCUACCGCGGCAGUUGCGGUCGCUGGUACAAAGUCAAUGCCAUUAUAG